AUGGCACACUGUGCGAGCUUCUCGGCAGCGAAACCCCGAGCGUGCAUCUCACCACCGCCACCGCCACCGCCGCGAUUGGCGCCACCGUCGCCACAAUCGCUUGCGACGCGACGUUUUCCCAGAUCCAGUCCCUCGUCGCAUCCACCAGCAAGCACAGCAUCUUGUAUCGCGGCAACCCAUAUCGCGGAUUCCCUCGGUCUCACUGCUUGGUCUUCUGUCCCCGCGUCGCCGCCGGUCACAGACUCAAAGUGUUGCGCAUUCCACGUGACGUUUUCCGCCGCCGCCUCCGCUGCCGCCGUCUCACGUUUACAGCGAAACGGAAACCGUUUCGCAAACGCACACAGCCUUUCGUCUGGCCGCUCACGAACGUUCGAUUCGCCACGUCGGGGAGUGCGGUUGGCCGUCCGAUGCGGGGCGGCCGGAAAUGCUGGUCGUCAAGCCGCCCCGUUUGCGGCCAGAGCUGCCGCCGAGCCGGCAAGCGCGCGGGGGUGGGGGAUACGGGGAGGUGAAGAAGGGUUUAGAUGGGGAGGGGACGGCGGAGGGAUUCGGGGAGGGGAAGGAGCAAGAAGAUUGGGAGCGGGUGGGUUCGCGCAGGGGAGACGGAGAGUAGGAGGCGGAGGAGGCGGAAGAGGUGGAGGAGGCGGGGGCGAGGGGAAGGCGAGGGCGGUGGGGGGCGCAGUGGCGGAGGGCGCAGCGGCGGGGAGGGCGGCGGAGGAGUUGGUGCUGGAGGUGCGGCGAGUGAGCUUCCAGCCGCACGGGUCCGACAGCUGGCUGCUCUCUGACGUGUCGCUCUCCCUGCCCAAGAACAGCCUAGGGCUCAUCUUUGGGCGCAGUGGAGGGGGCAAGACCACUCUCCUGCAGCUCCUCUCAGGUCUCACCACUGCCACUCAAGGCACCAUAGCCAUGCCAGCACCGUCCGCCCCGUCCUCCCUCUCACCGCCUUCGCCCGCCCUCACGCCUCUCUCCCGCGCUGAACUCUCUGAGCGAGUCGGCAUUGUCUUUCAGUUUCCCGAGCGCUACUUCCUAACAGACAGUGUGUUGGCAGAGCUCACCUUCGGCUGGCCCUCGCGAGUGGAGGACAUUCCCCUCAGGCAGGCGCUGGCUGCACGCGUGCAGGCUGCUCUCAUAGCGGUGGGGCUAAUGGGAGUGGCUCUAGACACCAACCCGCGUGCGCUCAGCGGGGGCAACCAGCGCCGCCUCGCCCUCGCCAUCCAGCUCGUUCGGAUGCCGGAGCUGCUACUGCUGGACGAGCCUCUUGCUGGGCUCGACUGGAGGGCGAGGGCGGAUGUGGUGAGGCUGCUGGCAGCACUUAAAAGGGAGCGCUCCAUCCUUGUUGUCAGCCACGACCUCAGGGAGUUAGCCCCAUUAGUGGAUCGCUCGUGGCGGAUGCAGAUGGGGGGGAGGUUAAGGGAGGAGUCGCUACCAGCCGCCGUGUCAGACGAUGAGGGGGAUUCGAAGCGCGAUCCAACGGCGGGCGACAAGGAGGCCGUGGAGACGACGGGAAUUGCGGCGGGCAUUUCGGCGGCCAAUGCGGCGGGCAUUACCGCGGGUGCCGCGGAAAGAAACUCAGAGGGGGGCGAGCGGGCGGAGAGGGCCGCGGAGAAGGCGGAGGCGGAGGGAGGGGGCGGCGCGGUGGACGAGCUGAGGGCGCGCGUGGGCCGUCGGAUGGCGAAGAAGAUCAAGAAGGUGGUGGCGGCGGGCAAGGGCGACGCGAAGCACUACUACGACGUGUACGGCUCGCAGGUGCGGGCGGAGGGAGGGGGCGGAGAGGGGCAGCAGAGGAGCAGCAGAGGCCCUUGUGAAGCACGACUCCCCUCUCUCUCGCCCACUCCCCCCGUCUCACCCCCCUCCCCCCCUCCACUCCCCCCAUCUCCCGCCUUUGUCCCCCAUUCCACCCCCUCCGCCUUUCCCCUCUGGUCCCACUCUGCCCUCAGGCGCGGGCAGAGCUGGAGCUACGCCCGCCGGUGGCCAAGGGCGCAGGGCAGCGCGCCAAGCCUCUCAGCUCCCCCCGUCUCUUCUCUGCCAUUCCUUCCCCCUUUUUUCUCCCUUCAGGCACGAGCAGAGCUGGAGCUGCGCCCGCCUGCGCGUGCAGAGCUGGAGCUGCGUCCGCCUGUGGCCAAGGGCGCAGAGCAGCGCGCCAAGCCGCUCAGCUUCACUGAUGUGCAGGAUUUGAUUCUCUGGGUGCUUACAGGGGAGGUCAACCCGCAGUGGGCAUUCAUCAAGAACAAGCCACUGGUAUCAAGGGUGGUGGUGCUGCUGGUGCCAGGAAUCGAUUCCCAUACCUUCCACUCCCGCCCGGACCUCUUCCCGAACCUGCACCGCUGCUUCGGCGGCAAAUCUUUGCCGUUGAAGGCUGUGAGCCCGUCAGCAACGGUAUCAGACACAAUGAAGGCAAUGUUUGCACGACCCGUUGCUCUCAAGAAGAGCACCAGCUCGUCAUCUGCCCAAUCAGCAGCUGCCACGUCAGCACAUGCGGGCGGCAAGACAGAAGCAGGUCACUACCUGCUGACGUGGCGCCAGCUGAAGGAAAACAAUUUUCCCCUGCCUGUAUCAACGGGCAGCAAGGGGCGGGAUGGGCAGGAUGGAAAAGAGGCUGCCCGGAAGCCAGGUGGCAGCAUCUCACUUGCUGAUGGCUCGGCUGUUCCCCCUCCAGGUUAUGUGAUGACACGGCCAUGGGACACAGGGAAGAAGAAGGGGAAGCAAGCAGCGGGAGCAGGCAAGGAGCGGCAGAGGGAGUAUCAUCAGUUGGUGGCUGUUGACUGUGAGAUGUGCAACACCCACAAGGGUUUGGCGCUCACUCGCCUCACUCUGUUGGAUGCUCACGGCAAGGUGUUAUUAGACGAGCUCGUGAAGCCUGAAAGCCCCAUCACCAACUACAACACGCAGUUCUCGGGCAUAACACCACAGAUGCUGGCGGGAGUGACAACCACACUGCAGCACGCACAGGAGCAUUUUCUCGACAUAGUCAGCGCCGAGACCAUCCUGGUGGGCCAUUCCACAGAGAGCGAUCUGCAUGCGAUCCGGGCCGUCCAUCUGCGCGUGAUCGACACAUCCCUGCUCUUCCCGCACCCCCGCGGGCUGCCCUUCAAGUGCGCCCUGCGCUUCCUAGCGGCAGACCACCUUGGCAGGACCAUUCAGGCUGGCUGGUGGGCGGGGAGGGGCGGGGCGGAGGGGCGAGGGGGGAGGGGGCGGAGAGGGGGGAUGAGAGGGGCAUGGUCGUUUCACAGGGUGAGAAGUGGUGCUGAUGGUGCGGCUUCUGCUGCUGGUGCAGCGGCAGCGGCGGUGGCAGGUGGUGUUGGUGAUGGUGCUGCUGGUGCUGCUGGUGCUGCGGGUGGUUACCGCAGGAGUAACACAUGGUGCCGUAAUGCUCAAAAGUCAGUUGCAGCAGCAGCGCAGGCUACAGCAGCAGGAGGAGUGGGUGGUGAGGGCGACGCAGCAGCAAAUGGCGCGCACCAUGAGUCUGCGCGUGGGAGCACAGCAGGUGAAGCAGCAGAUGUAGCAACAGCAGCAGCAGGAGCAGCAACAGCACUAGCAGCCGGAACAGCAGCAGCAGCAGGAGGAGCAGCAGCAGCGAGAGAAGGAGCAAUGGAGGGAGCAGCAUCACAAGAGGGAGCAGGAGAGGAGCAGCAGGCGACAGUGGCUUCAGACAGCGCAGGGCAUGAUAGUGUGGAGGAUGCACGGGCUGCUUUGGACCUCGCUCUACUCAAGAUACAACAUGCUUUCAACCAUUUCACUGCCACAGUUUCACUUCCCUUCCCACCCACUCUCCUACCCACUCUCUCCCUCCCUCCCUCCCUCCCUCCCUCCCUCCCUCCCUCCCUCCCUCCCUCCCUCCCUCCCUCCCUCCCUCCCUCCCUCCUCCCUCACUCCCUCCCUCCCUCCCUCCCUCCCUCCCUCCCUCAGAUUCUCUACCCUCCUGUCCGAUGA